UAAAGUCUUAAGUAAUCCUGUUUGUGGUGUACCGAUUCAAAUGAACCCUGUUCUUUUAUUAAACUGAUAAUGUUAUAAAGUUCAUUAGUCGUGAUCGUAUUUCAACGCUUUAUCCAAAUAUAUUCUAAGAGAAUGUCAAUUCUCAAUGGUCUAUACAUAAAAAAGGGUAUAUGUAUAUUUCAUUUGAAUGGUAUCAUCACUAAGCUUUGCGAACCAUUUUUGUAUAGAUCAAAGAGAUGGGUUUCCACGACCCUUCGUUAAACUCAAUCAUCCUUUGCUUCGCCGCCGUAACGUCUCUCUUGACUUUCUCCGUUAUCUUCAUCUUUCUAUUUAUGUGUGUGCUCAAAAGCCGUGGGUUUGUGGAUGUAUUACCGGAAACAGAAGACGACCACCACCACCGCAGAAGAGAACCACCGGGCCAAGGGCUUAGCGCUUCCGUGAUUGCCGCCUUUCCGACCUUUUCUUACAAACCUGACAAUAAUGAUCCGGAGAGCACCAAUCAAGAGAUAGAAUGUCCGGUUUGCUUAGGAUUAAUCCCCAAGAAUGUUGUGAUUAAGGUUUUACCAAAUUGUAUGCACAUGUUUGAUGAGGAAUGUAUAGGUAGGUGGCUUGAAACGCAUACAACUUGUCCUGUGUGUCGUAGAAUGGCUGAGCCCAUGUCUAGCACUGGGGACAAGGUCUUAGAAAGCAUAGUAUAGUCGAUGGUUAAUUAUAUAUGUUAAAUAUUUAUGUAUAAUUUAUUUUUGUUAAAUGUAAUAUAUAUGAUUGAUUUAGUAAAAUAUAUAUAUAUACAAAUGAUAUAACUCAACAUGUUCAGCUUUUAGUCAUACUAAUUGACUUAUAUAUAUAAAUG